UCUUCCUUCAUCAGUAUCUUGAGUACGUAGCUGUAUAUCCCUUGUCUUUGCCUUUUCUCUUCUCUUUAUUGCUUUUAUUUUAUUAAAUGGGAGGAUUUGAUGAGUUCUCAAAAAAACCAACUCAACAAAAAACCACAAUCCCAUCGAAGCUCGUUACCCUCAUUUUAGUCAUAUCCACAAACAUUCUCACUCUCCUCCUGUUUUCGGACCGCUCGAUAGACCUCAAAUGGUUCCCCUCCACUCCCAAAACUAACUUAUGGGCCUCCAAUGCCCUCCUCCAAAAACUCAAUUCAACCGAGGCCCAGUUAACAGCGGCCCAAGCCCAGGCCUCCGACCUCCACCGCCGCCUCCUCACCUCCAACUCCCUCCUCGAGACGCUCCUGACGGAGCUCGGUCGGGCUCACGGCGAAAAAUCCGAGCCCGGGGAUCUAGACCGUUGGCUCGGCGAGAUCGAUGGCGAGCUAAAACUAGCUAUAGGGCCUCAUAAACUUCCGUUGGGCUUUACAUCCAACAUUGGGUCCAACAAGAUAUACGCACCGCUGGGCUCGGGCUGCUUAAAAUAUCAGGAUGAAUUGGCCCAAUACAUGAACUACAAAGCGGGGGCCCAGUGCCCCUCGGACGAUGUUUUCGCCCAACGGCUAAUGCUCAAGGGUUGUGAACCUCUCCCCCCGCCGCGCUGCAACCCGAAGUCCCCGAAGAACUACGGCGGGCCCCGUUCCGUUCCCGAGAGCUUCUGGAGGGUCCCACCCGAUACUAGCAUCAGCUGGGACCGUACACGUGUAAAACUACACGUGCUUGGUAAGGCCGCGGUGACACGAAGGGUAGCUUAUGACUGUAAAGACUGUUUCGACCUCGGCGCGGCGGAAAAACCCGUUGGGUGGUGUCGACGUAACAGCGUUUCCUACGGCAUAGACGGCCGUUCUGGCGGCUGGAGGCCGCCAGGGACGAUCCGCAUCGGUCUGGACAUAGGCGGCGGGUCCGGGACCUUCGCGGCGCGAAUGAGGGAGCGGAACGUGACGGUCGUCACGACCUCCAUGAACUUCGACGGCCUUUUAACAGUUUCAUGCGCGUCGAGGGGGCUUAUAUCGCUGCCAGCGCGAGUGUCGCGCACGAGGCUACCGUUCUUAAAAACAGCGCUCGACGUCGUGCAUUCCAUGCACGUGUCUGACAACUGGGUGCCGGACGUGAUGCUUGAGUUCGCGCUUUAUGACGUUUACAGGUUUUGGAGGCCAGGAGGUCUGUUUUGGCUCGAUCACUUCUUUUGUGUCGGGGCUCAAGUUAACGAGACUUACGUGCCCAUGUUUGAGAGGAUUGGGUUCAGGAAAGUGAGGUGGAAUUUAGGGAGGAAGGUGGAUAGAGGGGAGGAGAAGAAUGAGUGGUAUAUUUCUGCGCUCUUGGAGAAGCCGUUGACAUGAGGGGUUUUGAUACUGUGAGAGUGUUUUUUGUGGGGAGAAUAAAGCGUUGAGGUUGGGGGAGUGACUUGUUCCUUGUUUUGAUCAGUUUUCGUGUUCUUUUUGUUUACCCUUGGUGGAGGUUGGUAAUUAUGUUGAAUAUGGACAGAAACCAAUGCACUAGAG